AAAUCCGAGGCCUGUGACGUCAUCAGUAAGCGACACAUGACCAUACGUCAAACACUCGCACCGGAGAAACUGGAGCUCGUUGAAGGAUGUCCUGCGUAUGGUCUGGUGGUCACGGCACAUCUAUUCUUUGUGCCGGAGUGUCCUGUGAAUCUGAGCGUUUGGUGGCUACCGGAGCAGAAGGAGGUGAACUGACCCUUUGGAGUCACGAUGGCUCGCCCGUGUCCAAACUGCACAUGAGUCCUGACGAUGAUGUCACGUGUGUCGCUUUCUCCCCGUCAGCACCCUGCAUGCUGUAUGCCUCUUACGGGCGGACUGUCGCUGUACUGGACACUAGGAAUCUAAAGAGCGCUGUGGCAGAGCUAGCAGAUGCAGGUGAGGAGGAGAUAAACUGUGUGUCAGUGAAUGAGGCCGGUAGUUUGCUCGCUGCAGCUGAUGAUUCUGGAGCCGUGAGGAUCAUUGAUGUACAGCAGGAGAAAGUCAUCAGGACGCUGCGCAAACACGACAACAUCUGCUCGUCCGUGACCUUCCGACCGCACAGGCCUCAGAGUUUAGUGUCUGCAGGACUCGACAUGCAGGUAUCGCUGUGGAACCUGCCGAAAGUGCGUCCGCUCUGGACCUACAGUUUGCAGGACACGCAGGAAAAAGAUGCUCAUCCGCAGAAAGCAGGACAGAUGUUCAACCCUCCCCUGGCGCACUGCAUUGAUGUCACUUCCUGUGGUGACGUGUUUGCGUGUGCGGCCGAGGACGGGUAUGUGCAUCUCCUGCGUGUUUCUGAGGACUCCAGACUGCGGGAACGAGGGAUGUUCAAGGCUCAUAGUCAGGGAGCAUCGCAGGCUCGCUUUAUUAACUUCCUGUCACAGCCGUACUGGCUGGCCACUGGAGGAAACGAUGGGCUCGUGGCUCUCUGGGACAUCAGCGGAGAUGAUUUGUUGGCCAGAAAGAGCAAAGGACACAAAAAGAGACACAAGGGCAGAGCUAAGAAAAAGCCUGAAGCUCAAGAAACCGACAAAAACCUGAAACAGCAAACGAAGAGCGAGGAAGAGGAAGCAAGCAGUUCUUCCUGUAGUUCAGAGACGGCGUGUGGGAAAAACGAGCCCAAGUUGACUUUUCAGCAUGGAGAGAAGGUGAACUGGAUUUGUCCAGCUGUGUUGAAAGGAAAGCCGAGUCUGCUAGUGGUGGACCAACGUCCUAGCCCUACUGUCUAUUCACUGGAUCAGCUUUAAAGGGUUCGUUCACACAAAAAUGAACAUAUGCUUAAUAUUUACUCAAGUGUUUCCAAACCUUCAUGCGUUUCUGUAUUCUGCUGAACACUGAAGAAGAUACUUUUGGAAAUUGAGGGUUAUAAUAGGGCUGUGCAGUUAAUUAAAAAUUCGGUUUAUGAAAAAACAUUAAUGGAGAUUAAACGAUUAUUGCAUCAUAUACCCCCCCCCACACACCCAUUUCCACUUGUACACAUUUGUUGCUCUGCAAAGCUCAGUUUCACAUGAACAUUACUAAAAGCAUGUACUGUAAUGUAACAUUUGCUGCACGGGAGUCGAAUCGUUCAUGUUUUAAAACCGCAAAUGAGACCACAUGCUGUUGUGUGUGCGCACACUCAGCCUCAGAGACGAGCAGAGCACACACAUUUAAAGUCAUCUUAAUGUGAGCGCUUUAAUGGUCAAAUAGGUGUCAAAACUCGGUGUUUAGUGAAUAUUCAUAAUAAACCUCAUUUGUGUAAUAAACAAACGAGUUGAGAAUCGAAAGACACACGAAACAGAAACCAUUAAUAAGAACCGUACUGCUUCUUAAAGUGACAGCGCGCAAUAUUCCCGCUGCCGACUGUUUUUAUCAUUAUUAAUCAAACAAAGGAGAAAAUCACUCACUGCUCUUGACUGAAGGACUUUUGUAGGUAUAAUUACAUGUUUUUCUCACAGUGAACAUGCUUAUUUUUAUUCUAUUGUAUUUAUUUCCCUUUCCUUAUUUACAGGGAGGAGAAUAACUGUGCAUAUAUACAGUUGAAGUCAGAAUUAUUAGCCCUCCUGAUUUAUUAGCAACCCUUUUCCCCCAAUUUCUGUUUAACAGAGAGAUUUUUUAACUCAUUUCUAAUCAUCAUAGUUUUAAUAACUCAUUUCUAAUAACUCAUAUUCUUUUUACAGCGCAUAAUAUUUGACUAGAUAUUUUUCAAGACACUAGUAUUCAGCUUAAAGUGUGAUUCAAAGGCUUCAUAGGGUCAUUAGGCAAGUCAUCGUAUAACAGUAGUUUCUUCUGCAGACAAUCAAAAAUAUAUAUUGCUGAAGGGGGCUAAUAAUUUUGACCUUAAAAUGGGUUUUAAAAUAUUAAAACCUGCUUUUAUUCUAGCUGAAAUAAAACUAAUAAGCUUUUCUCCAGAAGAAAAUUCCUAGCUCUGUUAAACAGAAUUUGGGAAAUAUUUAUAAAAAAUAAAAAAAUGUACAGGAGGGCGAAUAAUUUAGACUUCAACUCUGUUUAUCGUUUUGAAUAAUCGUGAUUACAAUUAUGACCAAAAUAAUCGUGAUUAUGGUUUUUCCCAUGAUCAAGCAGCCCUAGGUUAUAAACAGGGCUUGACAUUAACUUUAUUGAUCACCCGCCACUGUGGCUAUUGGCUAGUAGUUUUCCAACAUUACCAGCCACUCGCCGUUUUUACUAGCCACAGUUCUGUUGUCGGGAAAAUGUAUAUGCAUAAAAUGUGACAUGCUAAAAUGACUUGAUUUAGAUUUGGUGUUAUUUCCACAUGCCUUGCUUUUUGUGUUAUGUAUAACCUUGCGCAAUGAGCAUGAGCGAACGGGUUGUGGAUUUAUAGCAUCACAUUGUAAUUAGUUUAUAUUUCACAUGACUUUUCAGGGCUCAACACUAAGGAUUUACCUUUUUCCUCACUUUCUUACACCCAAAAUUAGUAAAAAAAAAAAAGUUAAAAUAAUAAUUUCUUAAUCCAAAAUAAAUAAGCAAAAGAAAGCAGGUGAAAAACAUACCGUGUGCGAUUAUUAAAGGAUGGUCAUGUGAAAGGUUAAAGCGAAAGCAACCUGCUGCUUACAAAAAGACCUUUAAGAAGCAUGGAGCUCUUGAAAGCAGCAGGACUGUGGGUACACGAGCGUCACGUUUUGUCCAGUCUAUUUAAUAGAGAACCGAUCGUUCAGAUGGUUCGCGCGAGGAACCGUUUCUUUUUUAAACUUAUAAACACUCGCGUGCAUACACUAAAGCCCUUGUCAGUGAGUCUGGAUUGCCAUGUGCACGAUCAUCCACUCAUUCUGUAUUCACAUGUGUGGGAAUGUAAAUUUAGAUCCCAAAGUGUCAGUUUCACAGCACGGCUUUCUCUUUUCGGUCAACUUGUCAGGCGGUUUCUGUCUCCAGAACAUAAUUUGCGGGUCAUGCUUUCAUGCUACAGAAACCAUUUUGUUGAAUAACUUGUGUGGUCAGUAGCUGGGCCGGUUUCUACACCUAUAUGGCAAUUUACCCUGCUGACUCCAAAACUGAAUUUGCUUGCUUUGUUUAGCCGCCAUCCCACCUCCUAAGACAAUAUAGACAGGACAUCUUUGUCUUAAUUCAGACUUGUGAUAUAACUCGCAGACUGCAGACCUCCAAUAAGGCUCUGCAGAAACAUGGACUUCUCGAAGACGCUGUAUGACUGCAGAUUAACCAACACGUCUCAAUAAAGGAAUUCUGCUUGUUUCGAGUCUCCUGGACUGGGUUCUCUUCUAUAUUCACUCACUCAAUUAUUUUUUUACAACACCUGCUUUAUUUUGCUCUCGCAAACACAGUUAUUAUUGCCAUCUCUCUCGCUGGCCAGUCUUUGGGGAAUCCUUAUUGUUGAACUCUGCUUUUUAAGAAAACUAUCAUUUAAAAAUGAUCUUCAACCAGCCAAAGUGGCUAGCGGGAGCGACUGUAAGCCACCACAGAUAAAAUCUACCCACAUUUAGCUGGUGUUAAUGUCAAGCCCUGGUUAUAAAUGAUCUGAAAAGCUUACUAUUUAAGGGAUAGUUCACACAAAAAUUCACUCACCCAAAGGUCAACCAAGACGCAGGUGACUUUUUCUUCCUCAGUAGAUCAUUACAGAAGAUUUUGAGCUGAAUCUCCUUGGUGAUUGAUAUAAUGGCAGUGAAUGGUGACAGGUUUGUUAAAUUAAAAAUAAACACUUACAAAUGCGUCCAAAUCAUGGCCCUGGCUCCUGAUGACAAGAAAUUGAGUUAAUUACAGUAUAAUUAGCUUUAAUCCACAGCUUGGUAAAACCGUUCUCUGCGCAUGUGUGAAUGUAGCUCGAGUGUAGUCCUGUCGCUUUAAUGAGGAAUGCACGAGUCCGCUCUUAGACGGCGGUUCAGGCAAUGCAGAUUUUAAAAGAUAUUGUGUUGUUGCAUCACCAGCUCUCUUGCUUUCAUCAUCAAAGCAGCAGGACUAAAAUCUGACUACAUUCACACAUGCACUGAGAACUGCUUUAACAGGUAGUAAAUGGUUAGUCAAUGGUUACAGGAUUUCCAGCUUUCUUCAAAAUAUCUUCUUCAGUGUUCAACAGAAAGAAAGAAACUCAAAUAGGUUUGCAACAAUUACAGAUGGAGUAAAUGAUAGCAGAAUUAAAAGUUUGGGGUGAACUGUGCCUUUAAUGUACAUGUGAACAGGUUAUGGAAGAUAUUUGAUCUGUAAAAGCUUUUACAUGUAUUAAACUUUAUGGAAGUUUA